UUUAAAGUGAGUGACAGAUUUCCCCCCUCAGUUGCUCGGUCAUCAUGGAUCUGAAAGUUGUGUUUGCGAUUGUCUGUCUGUGCGCUCUAGCCAUCAGCUCCACUGAAGCUGGCAUUCCAAAAUGUUGCUUCUCAGUAAAGACGGACAUUCCCCUCCGAGUGCUGGUGAGGGUUCAGAGAUGGAGUGUGCAACAGAGCAGCGGUGCCUGUGACAUCCCUGCACUGAUUCUGCAUAUAAAGGAUUUCAGGAAGCCCAUAUGUGCUCAUCCCAAACUGAAGAGAGCCCUGAUGGCGCUGCAGGCCAGGGUGAAGCGGAGCAGACAGACAGCACGAGAAAUCUAAUUGUUUGUGUUGUGUUUUCUACAUUUGGUGUGAUACAUAAGCCCUCACGGUUGUCUCUUUCUUUAUUGAUGAUGAUCAUUUAGAGGUACUUGUACUUACUUUUACUAUAUACAUUUAAAACUACUCUAGAAUCAACUACAUGUAUUUAAUAGAUAUUCUUUUUCAGAAUAUGAUUUGACAUACAAUCUGAUUCUUAAACCACACCGUAUGUGAAGCGUUUUAAAAUCAGCUGAAAAUGGACUGUCUUCUGUCUACUUUUAAUAUUUGAGGUAUAUUUCAUUGCUAAUGAUUCUGUGCUUUUACUUAAUGUAAAGGUUACAAAAAGGGGUUUUACUUUUAAUGGAGUAUUUGUUUUCGUUUGUUGAAUAAUGUGAAUUAAAUCUUUGUCUUUUAUACUUUUUAUCGUAAUACAAUUGCAUAAAAAAAUAAUUGUCAAAUGUGAUUUAAUAAAUACUUUUUCUUUUA